GGGGAAAACUACAAAUAGCUAGAGUAGCAAGUCUUACUAUCUUGCUAGGCAUCUUCAUAGAGCGGAGAACAUACCUUUUCAAAUCUACACAAGAAAGUACUUCAAACGGAAAAGGACGCGUUGACCUACAAGCGAAACCUCGGAACCUCGAACUUUUCUCUUCAAAAUGCCUAUGCUUGCCGACCCUUCCGCAAAGUACCGGCCGUACAAGCCGUUCCCGUUCCCUGGACGACAAUGGCCGACCCGGGUCCAGGAAAAGGCUCCCAUCUGGCUGUCAACUGAUCUGAGGGACGGGAACCAGAGUCUCGCCAACCCCAUGACCAACUCGCAAAAACUCCGAUUCUUCCGUCAACUAGUCAAACUCGGAUUCAAGGAGAUCGAGGUCUCAUACCCCGCUGCUUCGGAGACGGACUUUCAAUUCGUCCAAGACCUGAUCAACAAUGGCGAAAUCCCGGACGACGUCUGGAUCCAGGUCUUGACCCCCGCCAGGUCGGACCUCAUCAAGAGAACAUUUGAAGCUCUGAAGGGGUCCAAGAAUGCGAUCGUGCACAUGUACAAUGCGACGAGUUGUCUGUUCAGGGAGGUCGUGUUCAAUGCCGAUCAGGCAAAGACUGUUUCGCUGGCUACUCAGCACACUCAGCUCGUCAGAGAGCUCGCCGAACAAUACGCUGCCGAGCACGGUACCAACUUCCGAUUCGAAUACUCUCCCGAGACCUUUUCCCAGACCGAACCCGCAUUCGCCGUCGAGGUCUGUGAGGCUGUGAAAAAGACCUGGUUGGCUGGGACAAAGAGCGUGUUUGGCGAUGGGAGGAACGAGGAGAGGAUCAUCUUCAACCUGCCUGCUACGGUCGAGAUCGCGACCCCGAACUGUUUUGCCGAUCAGGUAGAGUACUUCUGCACCAACAUUACUCAGCGAGAGAAGUGCAUCAUCAGUCUGCACACGCAUAACGAUCGAGGAUGUGCCGUCGCUGCUGCCGAACUCGGUGUUCUCGCCGGAGCCGAUCGAAUCGAGGGGACCGUUCUCGGUAACGGUGAACGGACCGGAAACGUCGACCUCGUCACCUUGGCUCUCAACCUGUAUUCACAGGGUAUCGCACCAGAACUUGACUUUUCCGAUAUCUUUUCGGUCACCGAUACUGUGACCGAGUGCACCGGGCUGCCGGUCCACCCGAGACAUCCUUACGCCGGAGAACUCGUCUUUACCGCUUUCUCUGGGUCGCAUCAGGACGCCAUCAAGAAGGGGUUCGAGGCGUACCAGAAGCGGGUCACGCAGGGGGACGUUCGAUGGGAACUGCCUUACCUGCCCAUCGACCCGGCCGAUAUCGGAUGUACCUACGAGGCCGUCAUCCGGGUCAACUCGCAAUCCGGAAAGGGAGGCAUUGCCUACAUUGUCAAGCAGGCUCUCCACCUCGACCUGCCAAGACGUAUGCAGAUCUCGUUCUACCAGAUCAUUCAGGCCAUCUCGGAAGCUACCGGCAAAGAGCUCUCGGUCGAAAACAUUACCGGCGCUCUGCGUUCGACGUAUCACAUCGGUGGACCCGCUUACGAGGGACGUAUGGUCCUCCGCUCUUUCAACAUGACAAACACGCCCGGAACUCCCGGUAGCACUCCGGCCGAUGGCGAGUCGGGUGACCGACCGAGGUACAUGAAGGCCAAGGUCUCGGUCGACGGAAUCAUCCGUACGAUCGAGGGAGAAGGAAACGGUCCUCUCUCUUCCUUCCUCAACGCGCUUUACCGGGCUUUCGGUAUCGAGCUCUCUAUCCGAGAAUACACGGAACACGCCAUCGGUGGAGGAUCCAACGUGCAGGCUGCUUCGUACGUCGAGCUCAUUCCUCCUCAGGCGGACGAGAAGGACAAGACCAAGGGAGGAUUCUGGGGCAUCGGGGUGGACCCGGAUAUCACGGGGUCGGGUCUGCGGGCGGUACUCAGUGCGGCCAACAAUGCUUGGGCAGGCAAAGAGUUGAAGGGGCUGGAUAUCGUUCCUUCGGCUGCCAGGCUGAGUUAGGGCCGCGACUACCAACCAAAAGACGGAAAAGAAAGCUGCUCGCUAUCAAAAGGUUCUCUCUGCAUCCACUACGUUUCGUACAUCCCGUUCCCGUGCACGCCUUGGCUCUUGGCUGUGCACGGUGUGACACGCAAACAUCUACUUGUAUUCCAUUAGCUACCUACACAUAUCGAUAUGCCUGAACUCCGUGCAUGCAUCCGGACAACAUCGGUUCGGCCAAUCCUUGCUAGCACUUAGCAAUGAUUAUCAACCAACCAG